GAAGGAUUUUUUUUGCAAAGAGGAAAAAUGGCGCCCAGCUCGAAAUCGGAAAAAGACGAUAACAAACAAAAGCAGCAGAGGAAACAAAAAGAGCACAUAGUGAAGCUUUUAACGCGCAGGAAGAUCUCCGGUCAGCUCUCUCAGCGGCUCUUCCGGAAGCUUCCGCCGCGCGUCUGCGUCCCGCUGAAGACCAUCGUGAGCGAGGAGUUUUUCCAAGCCGGUCACAUCUUCCUGGGCUUCACCAAGUGCGGCCGCUACGUUCUGUCCUACACCAGCGACUGCGGCGAGGACGACGACUUCUCCUUCUACACCUACCACCUGUACUGGUGGGAGUUCAACCUGCACAGCCGCCUCAAGCAGGUGCACCACGUGCGUCUGUUCGCGGGCGAGGACAUCUACAGCGAGCUCUACCUGACCGUCUGCGAAUGGCACAACGACCACUCCAAGAUCGUCAUCUUCGGCUUCAAUACCCGCAGCAGCACGGCGCUGAUGAACAUGAUGAUGAGCGACGAGAAUAACCGAGACAUCUACAUCACCAUCGCCGCCAUGCCUCCCGCCCAGCGCUGCCAGCGGUGCUGCCCCGUUCCCACGGCGUCCACCAUACGCACGGGUGGAGAGUGUCUGGAGCACGGCUAUGUGCUGAACGCUCGCUAUCAGGUGGUCUAUCCCUUCCCCACCUUCCAGCCGGCGCUGCAGCUCAAGAAGGACCAGGUCAUCCUCCUCAACACCAGCUACUCCCUGGUGGCCUGCGCCAUCUCUCUCUGCGACGGGUCGGAUCAGAAGCACGUGGACGGACAGACCAAUCAGAUCCUGUACAGGAAGAAGGACGCGGCUCCACCUUCCUCUCCUCGUCCUGGCAGCCCCUCGUCCUCCUCCUCUUCCUCCUCCUCUUCCUCCUCUUCGUCUCACGGCUCUCCGGACCGCAGAGCGUCCACCUCCCGCUCCACGCCGCUCUCCCCCGUACGCUCUCAGGCGGCCGCCCGGGCGCGGGAGUUCGCCGCCGACAUCUUCCGCCGCGCCCAGGCCGGGAGAGAGACGGAGGGCCGAGAGAGACGGCGGGUGGAGGAGAAGAGGGAGGAGGGGGAGGGGGAGGGCGGGGCGUCCCCGGCGUCGCUCUGCUCGCUGUCUCCGUACUCCGCCCCGCCCCCGUCCUCCGCCGCCGAGCCGCUGUACGUGAACUACACCGGGCUCCGGUACCGACUGCAGCAGCCUGGGUCAGCGGAGCAGGACACCGGUACACUCACACACACACACUCACACACACACACACACACUUACACACACACACUUACACACACACUUACACACACACACUUACACACACACACACACACACACACACUCACACACACACUUACGUACGCCCCGCCCCCGUCCUCCGCCGCCGAGCCGCUGUACGUGAACUACACCGGGCUCCGGUACCGACUGCAGCAGCCUGGGUCAGCGGAGCAGGACACCGGUACACUCACACACACACACUCACACACACACACACACACUUACACACACACACUUACACACACACUUACACACACACACUUACACACACACACUUACACACACACACUCACACACACACUUACGUACGCCCCGCCCCCGUCCUCCGCCGCCGAGCCGCUGUACGUGAACUACACCGGGCUCCGGUACCGACUGCAGCAGCCUGGGUCAGCGGAGCAGGACACCGCAGAAGAAGAGGACAAGGUUCAGCUGCCCUUCACGCUGUCAGAUCUGAACGGACGGAACCUGCAGCUGGUGACGGGCGACUACAGCGGACCGUGCAUAUGUGUGGAGCAGCUGACCCUGGACUUCGAGUAUCUGAUCAACGAGGUCAUCAGGAACGACGCCGAGUGGGCCGCCCAGUUCUGCUCCUUCAGCGAUUACGACGUGGUCAUCUUAGAGGUUUGCCCAGAGACAAACAUAGUGGUGAUAAACAUCGGACUUCUGCUGCUCGCCUUCUCCAACCGCGAAGAGGAACACAGCAGGCCUAAGUCGUACCACUCCAGCCUGCAGGUCAGCUGGGAUCUGAACACCGGCGCCUGCCGCACCGUCGGCGUGGGCGACCUCAUCGAGGUUAAAGGUCAAACAAGUGGCAGUGUGUGGAGCUCCUACAGGAAGUCGUGCGUGAACACGGUGAUGAGGUGGCUCGUCCCCGAGAGCAGCUCGCGCUACAUCAACCGCAUGACCAACGAAGCUCUGCACAAAGGUACGUCGCUUCAGGUUCUCGCCGACAGCGAUCGAGGAACUUGGAUCGUUCUUUGAUCGGUCCUGUACGUCGGUUCUUACUCCGGUUCCUGGAGCUCGAUGCCCUGACGUGAACCUGGACGGAGCGAGCCGGACGUCCUGCUGCUGCACUAGAACUCCCACCGCUGCAACGAACAAAACCUUAUUUUUGUUUGUUUGUUUGUUUUUAAAUACACGUUUUAGUUGUUA